AUGUGGAGUACCUCUUCGACUUUUCUUUGUGAAAAAUUACACGUUGUCCAAGUCCAAGUCAAUCUGAAGUCAACUGUAGACUAUAAAGGUCAAAUGAAAUUUGAUCCACUCCUCAAGGGCUCUCUAAUGAAUGAAUUCCCAGCGCUUCUCGUCCCAGACAAUGGCAGCGACGAUUCCCUGCACAGCCUCUUGCAUCUGAUUCGCCAAAAGAGGGCUUCGAUCCGGGGAAAAGUGGUGGAGCACGGCGCACUUCUCCUCCGGGGAUGGAAGCUGGCAAAUGCCCAGGAUUUUGCGAGCGUCGUGGAGGCGCUGGGCUACACCAGCAUGGACUACAAGCACGGCGGGGGCGCAAGGAAGCACAUCCUGGGCCCCGUGUUCACGGCCAACGAAGACCCCGUGGACAAGCGAAUCUCCUUCCACAACGAGAUGGCCUAUCUCUCUGUCUAUCCGGACGUGGUCAUGUUCUUUUGCGAGCAGCCAUCGCCGAGAGGGGGAGGAACAGCUCUCGUCAACGGCGAGCUCGCGUACCAGAGACUCGCAAAAGAGAUGCCCGAGAUCUUCAAUCUCUUGCAGGAGAAGCGAGUUUGCUACCGCACCGGACUUCCAAAAAAGUGGGAGGAAGCGUUCCAGACCACGGACAAAGCCAUUGCGCAAAAGAGAGCUGAAGCGAUUGGAGCUCGACUGGAAUGGAAAGCCGAUGGAUCCGAUCAUGACGAGCCGGUUGCUUAUCGAGGGCCUUUCUCCGCGACAAUCAAGCACCCGAUCAAAGGCUCCAUGGCUUGGUUCAACAGCAUUUGCCUUGUCAAAGACGAGCCUGUCACUCGCGGAGUUGCGUUCGGAGACGGAUCGCCCAUCCCGGUGGAAGAACUUGACAAGAUAGCUGCGGUGCUGCAAGAGGAACAAGUCGUCGUGGACUGGCAAAAAGGUGACAUUGUAAUUGUUGACAAUUUGUCGGUGAUGCAUUGCCGGUUGCCCGGUGAACCGCCCCGUGUUGUGCUUGUAUCACUCGUUAAAGGUUACUAAAGUUAUAAACAAUAAUGCAAAGUUUA